AUGGCUGCUUCCGCCCAGAAGCCGAUGUCCAACAUCGCCAUGGCCUUUGGACGCCAGGACAGUGGCCAUGCUGCUUCGACCGGCACCCUCCCUACGCCACCGAGUUCCAUCUCCCCGACGCUCCCUGCGCACAAGCGACGCCCUAUGCCCGUCGUCGGACGCCUGCACACACCAGAAGAGGAGUCUAUGGACAUAGAUCUUCAGGAUGCGGUGGAACACGCUGCAGCGCAAGAUCAGCCUUCUGCGCUCUCCAAGGAGGCGCUGGCGGGUUUGGAUGCGACGCGCCAGAUUACGGCGCUGAUGCUGGCCAAGCACCACCUGCCAGACAUCAUCGAAGGCCACGGCGCAAUGCCCAUCCGCGAGAUGAUGGCGCAUCUGACACAUGCGGUGCCUGGCUUCUCUGGGCUACCCCCUGCGAAGGCCCGUAGGCUAGUCGUUGCGGCGCUGGAACAUCGCGCCGGCGGCGGUCUGCACGGAGAGGUCAAGUUCGAGAAGGUCGGCUGGGGACGUUGGAGUGUAGCUGGCUCUGGCUCCCAGGCUGCAGGAAUGCCCAUCGGUGGUAAGCGCUCUGGAAACGGGCGCGCAACGCCGGCGAGUGUCGAUAGCAUCGGGGGCAGCCUCCAAAUACCCAAGUUGCGACAAGAGCGCGACGUCUACUCGGGCAGCUGGAAUGCUGGCUCGUGGUCGCCGCACCGCCAGGGCGAGGACGAAGAAAUGGCUGACCAGAUGUCGCUGGACGACUCUGAGGGCAGCACCGAAUCCGACUCGGCUUCCGACAUGGAUUUGGAGGAAGAACUUAACGACGACACGGAUCAAGAAGACUGGGCGACGAUGGGGCCUGAAGCUCUUCGCGAGACCCGCCGCGGUCCGCGCCGAGAACACCGCGAUUACAACUAUCUAAGCCGAACUCAGACGAGCAACCCGCGCUACCGGAGCAUAUCCGCCCAGGCCCACUCUCUGCCCCAGCCUCAACCUCACCACGGACGCACUGCGACGCCCACGUACAAACCUUUUCUUACUGUUCCACAUGCAUCCCACGGUAAUCACGUCGUGAACGCGGGCUCUCCUUUGACUUCUUCCGUUUUUAAUGCACCAGCUGGUGUAGCCGGCUCUGGCGCUGAACGCGACGCCAUCGAGGCACUCAUUGCUAUGGGUUCCAUGUAG